CCAUCUUCCUCCCCUUCCCUUCUCUCUACUCCCCUCAAAGUCUUCCCUUCCCUGACUCUCAAACUCCCAAACAUACCCUUAGGGAAUUAGGGAAAUUUAGGUGAUUUAGCCAUUUAGGAAUCACUGAGGCACAGAAGACUAGACUCAGUUCACUCAAUCCCUCAGUUAAGAACUUCAGGUUUGCUAGCAGGCACAGGUGCACAGAGAAAUGGUAGAGCAGUUCCAAUUUCAGGUUUAGACUUUCGGCUUUUGUGCUUUUGGGCAUUUGCCACUUUGACUUUUAGUUACUUUUAAUACUCGGUCUCAACGAAUAGUAAGUCGGCAAACCCGACUCAGUAUUCCACCUAAGGUUUUCGCCUAUACUUGGCAUUCGCCGGUCCUCAUGCUCUCUAUCCGACCAUCAUGGCUGAUCUCCUUGUCGCCACCCAUAUGUGAUUGCCGAAAGACUAAAAUCCUUGUUUCUCUAAUAAGGAAUUUGAGAAUACUCCCUAUUGUGACAGCCAUGUCUCAUUAGAUUGGGAAUUCUAGAGUUCUAUUGCACAACUUUCAGUUGACUAAAUAUGGGAAGUUGUCGGGUCUGCAAGAAUUGUGGAGCAAGAGGGGAGUCCAUUGUUACAGAUUAUGAAACUGGCGAUAUAGUUUGCACAUCAUGUGAUGUUGUUCAAGACUAUGAGCAAUUUCAGGCCCAUAUUGGAGGCAUUAAUGGGCCUGCUGGAACCUAUGUUCGUGUUGGUACAACAGGCAUUGGAAACAAUUACAGUUACAGAGAGACCAAAAUUUACGAAGCAAAAAAGGUGAUUGAUGAAUUGAUGUACAAGUUUGGGCUUUCAGAAACCAAAACUAAUGAGGUUAACCUUAUGGUUAGGAAAAUCACCGAGGAGGAAUACGGCAAUGGGAGAUGGUUUUCCGUGUUGGUCGGCGCGUGCUCUUAUGUUGUCAUGAGGAGGGAUUCCAAGGUCUUGACAAUGGAGGAAGUCGGGAAAUCAGUCGGGUGUGACAUUUUCGAGAUGGGUAGGAUGGUUAAACGCGUUGUUGACUUUCUAGAUCUUGAAUUGCCCGAGUUCAAUCUCGUCAAUUCCUUUGAACUUGCGAUUGCCAAUUCCCCUAGCUUGAGCGAGGUUCCUGAGGAUACAAUCUCAAGGAUGUUGAAGCAGGGGACAUUUUUGGUACAAUGUUUGAUCAAUUGGUCUGUGACAACUGGACGGCGACCAAUGCCAAUUGUUGCGGCUGUGUUGGUGUUCGUCUCAGAGCUAAACCAAACCCCGAUAAAAAUUGAUGAUGUGGCAAACGAGUUAGAUGUGGUGCUCCAUACUUGUAAGUUACGGUAUAAAGAACUUCUGGAGAGGCUUGUUAAGGUUGCUAAAAUGGCCUUGCCCUGGGGGAAGGAUGUGAAUAUGAAAAACAUAAUGACAAAUGCUCCAUCUGUGAUUCAGUACCUCGAGUUGAAGUCAAUGUCAAACCACAAUAAGGAGGGAAAUCAUUCCAAAUGUGGAGAUGUUGAUGAUUUUAAUAACUUGCUUAAUGAUUGCUUAAGUGAAGAAAAAUUCUAUUGUUAUGACGAUAAUGUCCCUGAAAAAGAUUCACGGUAUUUUCAAGCUGGAAAUGUUGAGAUUCAGGAAACAUCCCUCCUUUCUUCCGAGUCAUUGUCUAUAAUUCAUUCGGAACUAAAGAACGCGGUGUCUUCGGAACUUAAGAACGCGGCGUCUGUAGCUAUGGUGGGCCAACAUGCAAGUGCGGGGAAAAGGGCGAAAGAAUAUGGCAUUCUUACUUUAAGGGACUGGUGGAAGGGGGAGUCCGAACUUAGCAGAAAGCUCCAUCUAGAGGAAAUAUUGGAAAAGAACUUAGGAUUAGAUGCCACACCCCCUUCAUUUGAUAAGGGUUGUUUGGUGUAUGAAAGGAGAAAUGAGAAGAUAAAAGCUGCUAAGUUAAGGAUCCGUAGGACUAUGUAUGGUCCUUCAAGGGCAGAUGAUCAAAAUGAUGUUUCUGAUUUAGUCAUUGGUAAAAAAGGGAAUAAGAGAAAGAGGGAAAUGGGAUCUGAUUUAGAUUGGGAAGAUUUCAUCAUUGAAACUCUUCUUCUUCAUAAGGUUAGAGAAGAAGAUAUUGAGACGGGGCAUUACAAAGCUUUGCUGGGAUUGCAUGUAUUCAAUGGUGCAAGCUGAGGAUUUUAACUCAUCAUGUUGUUGUAGAUGGAUAACAGCUUUUUGCUGAUAGACAACUUGUGACGAUAUUUCCAGGUCCUAAUUAUUCUCGGGAGUUUGAUAAAGCAGGUGCCAUGAUGAGCAUUGAUCAGACUUUGAUGUGCUCUUUUAGAUAUUAAAGCCUACUGAAAAGAAGCCAAAGUUUGGAUUUGGCAGCACAAUGAUGACUAAAUCAGUUAUUUAUUGGUAGAGGCUGAUGAAAAUGUGGGCAGACGGAUUCUGGGGGAUAAAGACCUACUCCUGAUAUUCCCAGAAGUGAUGUAUGAUUUGUGUUUUAUUCUUGUGUCUGUACAAAUAUUAGCCAUAAGCCAGACCGGACAAUUGGUUUCUCUAACCCCUCCUAAAAGCACUGAAAUCCGAAAACCUAUUUCAUGAUCUAAUCUUACUAUAGAAAAAGUUUGUAGUUAUUGCUCUUAUACGCCACUGUGUUAGUACUAUUUUUAUAUUCUGUAAUAGGUGGCAACAAUUACCCAAUAUUGAGUAAUCUCAUACUGAUUUGCACCCUCUCCCAUCGUGUUUGUUCUUGUUUUCAUUGUGGUCCUUCUCAAGGGUGGAUCCGGUUAGAGAACCAAAUUGAACCUGUGAGUGUUUGCUUUUGAAGUCACUGGGUUUCUGGUUUUAGAUCUGAAUAUGUAGCAACAAUUGGUAUAAACUUUUUCUGGUUCCUCCUUGAAAACGGUUGUUUUGGUU